AUGGACGACGCCGAACAUCAGUGGAGCCUACCUGUCGACGACGCCGUAGACGAACAAGAGACGGGUAUUGACAAUAACAGAGUAGAAGCCCUUGGGGUUCGACGUACCUUAAAGAGGAUCUACGAUGCGAAGGAUGAGAUCUUUGCUUGCGAGGAUGAAGCCGAGCGAGCUCAAGAGUCUCAUUUGGCGGUUGGGGUGGACUCGAAAUCUAUCACUAAGAUCACGCGCGCUGGUCUUGGGCAGCAUCGUGGCCCGAAUGCAGAUAUAAUGGAGUCCAUUUACGCUGAGGUUCGGAGGUUGAAUGAAGAGGGGAUUCGGGCGUUAGCGGAAAGCGAGUGCCCGCGCGACAGCGUCGGCAUCCAUACGAACUGGGUCGUUGCAACCGACUCCCAGUACGGCAUACAGCGGAUGACGAGUACCCUAGUGCGAGCGGACAAGCAUGAGGACGUUCUCGAGAAAAUCAAGUCGGAGCUCCAGAAGCUUAAGAAAAAGGGCAGCCGGGUGGACUUCUGGCAUAUCGGGCGCGUCCAGAAUCGUGCCGCUGAUCUUCUGGCGCGAGAUGCAGCGAAGAAGUCGUUGGAAAAGAAGUAA